AUGCUAGAAAACAAAAGGCUAUCUGCUUCUCCAAGGAAAGGCAAGAGAAAGCUGGAGGAAGGGGAACCCAACAAGGAGGAGGCUACCUCUAGGAAAAAAAGCAAGAGUGCCACUGGGGUGAAAGCCCAUGAAGAGAAGAAUGACACAGAGGAAACUGAAAAAGAGGGUAGUGAAAUGGAAACAGAUGAGUUAGAGGGUGAGGACAACUAUAAAGAUGAGGAUCUGGGUGCAGAGGAUGAAGAAGGCGAGAACGAGUCUGACAAUGAUAGCCCAAUUUAUAGUGCUACUCCUAGCAACGACAACAACCAACCUAUGGUCAGAUUGGAAGAACUGAGGAAAAAGAAAGAACAAGAUGUCAUUAAUUUUUCUAUUGACACUCUUUCCAGUCUAAUCCCCGGUACUAACCUUCCCAGUACCGAUUCCUCGCUAGCUAAGCUAAAACUUCUUUGCACAAUAGUAGAUGAUCAAGUGCAAUCCUUAGAAGAUGCUGCCCAGAUUUCUGCAGAGAAGAAGCAUGAAAAAGAUCUGAAAGUUUCAUUAGUAAAGAAAAUGGAUGCACACAGAGCAAAACUGCUUAAGCAAAAGGAUGAUAUAAGUUCAGCUAUGGGUUUUUCAAAAGUGCUUACUGAACUUGGAAGCUAUUACUGUAUCACAGGAGAUGAGCACUAUCGAUGCAAUGGAAGAAUUAUCCUUUCAGAUGAAGACCAAGAGUGA